GCGCCCGGAGCACACAGCACCAGCCCCACCCGGAGCGAUGGACCCCCGCUGCCUCUGCCUCUGGGGUCUGCUCACAGGGCUUGCGCUGCGGGGCGGCUGGGCACAGCUGGGCUGGGACAUGUAUGUCCCCCCACGGAUAACGGGGCUGAGAGGAGAUUCCAUUGUGCUGCCCUGCAACUUCACACACCCGAUCACCAACUACAUGGGUGACAUCCAGGUGAUCUGGAAGCCCGAUAUUUUCCAAUGCCUGGUGACCAACCGCAGCACCGAGCCCAGCAGUUUCAACAACUGCACGACAGGGCAGGAGCCGAGUGGGCGCUACAGCCUGGCCGGGGACCCCCAGCGGCACAACCUCUCCCUGCACAUCGCAGGGCUGCGCUUCGAGGACAGCAGAGAGUACAUGUGCCGCGUGGUGCUCCGAGAAAAUCCGAGUUGGGCCUACGAGAACAAGAUGGGGAUAACGCUCACCGUGGAAGCACGACCCAGCAUCCUCAACCUCACGCUGCUCCCCGGCCCCCUCCCUGUGCGGGUGGCCUGCACAGCCGAGGGGAACCCCGGGCCCAACAUCACAUGGCUGGGGCCGGCGGGGAGCGAGGUGGAGCAGUCGCAGAACCCCGCUGGGCCCCAGAACCAGACGACACAGGUGCUGUCAGUGAGCCGGAUCGGGACCUACACCUGCCGGGCAGAGAACGUGCACGGCCGGGCUGAGCACUCGGUGCUCGUGGGGCCCACGGGGCCGCCCCUACUGCUCAUCCUCCUCCUGCCAGCAGCCCUGCUCCUGCUCGCCGGCCUCCUGCUGCUUGUCCUCUGCUGCCGAUGGAAAGGUAGGGGAGAGGUGCACCUGGGGCAGCCUCCGCAGCGGGCCCAGGCCAGGGCAGGCUGCGUCUGGAGUGGCUGCAGCGAGGGCCUCAGCUCAGCGCCACCCCCAGAGCCCCCAGCAAAGCAGGCCACGCUGCAGUGA